UUCAGGGCUAGAUUUUUGUGUAUUGAUCUGUUAAUUUGUUUUAAAGAAAUUACAGUGGAAUUAAUGAAUUCUUUCGUGAAUUCUAAUUGUGAUUAUUAGAAUUAAAGAGCAUCGAAAUAUAUUCCAUAAAAAAAUACUGUAUUCCGAAACUAUUUGUAAUUUGAAGAUUGACGGUGCAGUCCAGGGGCCUACUAAAAAAAUCAUUGGACAUUAAACUGACAAAUCAUGGCCUUUGCUGGACUUAAGAAACAAAUCAAUAAAGCUAAUCAGUAUGUCUCGGAGAAGAUGGGUGGUGCCGAGGGCACGAAGUUGGAUUUGGAUUUCGUGGAAAUGGAAAGGAAAACAGACGUAACAUGCGAGUUGGUAGAGGAGUUGCAGACGAAGACUAAGGAGUUUCUCCAGCCAAAUCCUACAGCCCGUGCAAAGAUGGCCGCCGUAAAAGGGAUCAGUAAACUCAGCGGACAAGCGAAGAGUAACACAUAUCCUCAGCCGGAGGGUGUUCUCGGGGACUGUAUGUUGCACUACGGAAAGAAGCUAGGAGAGGACACCAUAUUCUCGCAGUGUCUUAUUGAAAUGGGCGAAUCGUUAAAACAAAUGGCGGAUGUGAAAUAUUCUCUAGAUGAUAACAUUAAGCAGAGCUUCCUGGAGCCCUUGCAUCACCUGCAAACCAAAGAUCUUAAAGAAGUUAUGCACCACCGAAAGAAACUACAGGGACGCAGACUUGACUUCGACUGCAAACGACGUAGACAAGCAAAAGGCCCUGGUAGGGCCAGCCCUUAUAUGAGUCCAAGCCAUACACCAAGACAGGGCUCUCAAAUUCCAGACGAUGAGAUUCGGCAGGCGGAGGACAAGUUCGCCGAGUCUCUGCAGUUGGCCCAAAUUGGGAUGUUCAAUCUACUGGAUAAUGAUGUGGAGCAGGUGGCGCAGCUUAGUUUUUUUGCGGAGGGUCUGCUCGAGUACCAUCAGCAAUGUACGGAGAUACUGAAGGGACUUGUGUCUACACUGAUGGAGAAGAAAGAGGAGGCCGUCAACCGUCCUAAGUUGGAGUUUGUCCCGAAGACUCUCGCCGACCUUCACAUCGAGGGCAUCCACGAUUUGAACAAUGGUAGGCGGUACGGUUCCACCCAGAGUCUGUCCAAACCCCGAAAUCACAUCCCUCCCUCGUCCUCCGUCGGCGACCUGAGUAAUGGAGAUCCAUUCAGAGCCUGGGAGGCUCCUACGCCGAAAAAACAAGUGCACCCUAGAUCAGCACAACCACCACCAGCAGCUGGGUUCAAACCUCAUCCGGCACCCCGAAACCAGUUCAAUGGACGGGACCCAUGGACAGGCGGAUCGCAUGCCGCCUCCCCCGAGCACAAGCCGCCCUCAAAUCUGGAGUUGUUCCCGGGGUCGGGCAGCGUGCAACGCUCCAACAACGCAUCGCCGCUGCCUUCGCCUAUUAAAUCUCCAGCACGGACACCAGUGGUGCCCACCAAAGGUCCUUGCUGCACUGCUCUCUAUGAUUUCGAGCCAGAAAAUCAGGGAGAACUCGGAUUUAAGGAAAACGACGUAAUUACGCUUAUCAACAAAGUUGACGAGAACUGGUUCGAAGGCUCUCUAAACGGAAAGACCGGAUACUUCCCCAUCAGCUACGUUCAGGUUACCGUUCCCCUACCAAACAUGUAAACCCGCAUACGUAAGUCACGCCCACCAUGAACGUAUUCAUCCAUUGUUCUAUAUUGUAACACAACUUGUCUGUGUGAAGGAAGUACGAUGUGUGCCAAUUCAGUUGUUUAAUUAAUCAUAUAAUUAAAAUGUAUGUUACCUUUUUAGCAUUAAUUUUAAUUUAGAUUCAGAACAAUUAUGUUCAGCAUUCGAUUAUACUGUUUAUAUACUAUAUAAGGCAAGACUUCAAUCUUUCUGAAUUGAAAGUCAUUAGUUCCAUGAUUCACGAACUGUUUAUUAUGUUAUAAAAAAAAAGCUUCGUCUUUUAUCCAUCGUAUAUACUGUACUGUCGUAUCGUCGUAGAGUACAAAAAAUAAGUAAAAUGAAUGUAGCAAAAUAUUUUACAAAAUAAUUAUGUAUGUUAAUAUUAUUCUUUAUUAAAAAGUAAGUACGAUUCAUAACAAAUUUGUUCCGCAACACAAUUUAUCACUAUGAAUUACUAAAAGAAUUUGUAAUAUAUUUUAACUUACAUAAGCUACAUUAUCGAUAUAAUAUGCGAUAUAAAAUGGCUGCUAAAUUACAUUUUUCAUGGUAUUUAAUAAAUAUAUUUUUUUUGUAAAUAAUAGUAAGUUAUAAAUUAUGUCUGAGUGUUAAUUGUGAACAUCUGCAUUCGUCUUCCUGAAGUUGUGUUACAUACUGUUAUUACGUCAUGUUACGCAGUAUUAUGUAGAUCGUUUAUAUAAUUUGAAUUUAGUAACUGUGUCAGAAGCUCAAUGAUAUAGUUGCGUAUUAGCUGCUUCGUAAUUUAGUUUGUUAUUAUAUGAUUCUGUUCAUCUGCACUAGUCUGAACACGACUAAUUGGGUAGCUAUUUCCAAAUACAUUUACGUAUUUGGUAUGCAUUACAUUUCACUGUACAUGAAUUUAAUCAGCAACAAACAUUUCCAAAAGGCUAAUUGCUAUUUUUUUAUUUAUUUUUAUGAAAUAAACAUUGCCAUUUUAAGUAUUUAGAUAGGUUUGACUUAUUUUUAAGAUUAUAUUAAUUUGACCAACAUGUAACGAUUAUAAUGCGCUACAGGGAUAUAACAAUAAGGAUUUACACGUUUGCCAAACCAGGACAAGCAACCAAAACUAUGGGGGAUAUCCAAACUAUUUAGAUUUUUGCACAAAUAAAUUUGCAUUUGCAUCAUAAGAAAGAAUUGUAUGACAAACGAUUAUUCGUUUGCGAUUCAUUCCUUUUAUAUGAUUUUACAUGUUUGUGUAAGGUUUAAUAUUUAGUCCAGCGUUCUUCGAAGUUUAGGACUUGGACUGACAAGCGUGUAAACCUAGCAUGAAAUGCUGACAUUCCUAGGGCAACUUUUAGGUUUUUAGCUCAGUUUAACAGUAAUUAGUAAUAGUCGUACCAGCAAUAUUUGUUAUACAUAAAUCUAUUCACAUCAUUAGUAUUGUUUUUAUAGCUUUACUUUAGUGUUGAGGCUUUAUUUGGUCUCGUAGCUAGGUCAGUUGAAUCGAGCGUUGUUUGUUAACGGAGGUCACCAUCAUUGCAAUGCUGAGUUGUUGGGAGUUCGUUGCCUCACGAGGCAGCAUCAAUUCUUAAAAGUGAUAUUUUGAAAUAAUGUUUAUAAAUUAGUUAAAGUUUAUUGUGGCUCUAUUUUUGUAGAUGUGCUGUAAUCUUUGUAUAGUAUUUUCUCCAAUUAAUGUAUAAUUAGUUUUAUCAAUUGGUUAUUCUAAUUUUUAUCGAUCACUAAAUGGCACAUUAUAUAACGUUUAUUAGGAUUACAUUGUAACACUAGAUAAAGUAACGAGAUUAGAUUUUAUAGUUAUAACUUUGCGGGUAAUUAUUUAUCUAAAUGGAAAAUGUAUACAAAAUAACAUAUUAUAUUAUACACAUAAUGAAAAGAAAAUAAAUAAUUGUUGAAAUCUUGCCAGAAAUCUAUGGCGUAUCGGUGUUUGAUGUAUUAUUGGCAUAUUAUAAUAACAUAUUAUAAUAUUAUUGUGAUAACAUUAGGAUAUUGUACUGUUGCUGCAGUGCCGUAUCGUAUAUUUUCAAUGAAGCUUAUCAAGUAUUAUUUUUUAUUACAUUGCAUAAUAUAAUAGUAAUUUUAAUCUUUUUUUACGUAUUCAACGCGUAAUUAAUAAGAAAUGUUUAAAAUUAUAUUACAUGGCCUCUUCAAUAGCAAUGUUAAAAAUGUUAUGCACUAGACUUUUACAGUCAUAUUCACUUAUUCCUACAUUGGUGUUGCAGUAAUUAUGAGAUUAUAAUUAAUGGAAAUAAAUUAUUACGCCAUUGUUGUAAAACAACGGACCCCAUUUGAUCACGUUUCUGGCAUACAAAAGACAAUACCUAGAUGUAAUGUUAGUUGUAUGUAAGUUCAUAAAUAAUUGUUCUAUCUUCAAGUGUCUCUUUAAUGUAAGUAUUUUGAGUAAUUAUUACAUCCAUCAGUGUUACGAUAACGUAAUAAUGUUUCAGUGUUUUCAUGUACGAUGCUGCGAAUUGGAUUGUAAAAAAACACUAGUGUGUGGAGAUCCACUUGGUCAGAUCGUUGCAAUUUCUCACUAUACGAAUAAUCUGACCUCGAAGAGUUUAACACUGUCAUGAAGAAAGGAUAGACUGUUGUUAAGUAUCAUUUAAGUAUAUAUAAAUGUUCCAGUAACUACGUUGGGUGUGUGUGCUAUGUGCUUACACAACGUGAAGAAGGAAUAAGGACCUAUUUUGUAGAGGCCCCUAUGUUGGGUUGUUUCAGUGUUGCUUUUCAUCAUGGCAUGUUAAUUAUUUGGAUAUCUAUAAUGCUCAUCGUUUAAUCUACUAUAUUAAAACGAUAUUUUAAAAACUAAUGUUAGCGCGAUACAGACAUCCAUAGUUGUCGCCGAGCGUUGUUGUGCCAAACGCAAUCGACAGUAAGCGGCAACUGUAGCCAUUGGCGCACACAACAUUCGUGUGGCAUCGAUGUUCUGUCGUGAAAGUAGCAUCUAGAUCUAAAGCGGUGCAUUAAUUAUUCAGAUUGUUAUGGCAUUAAUCAAAUACAGCAACGCAAGCAUCCAGAUGCUACAAUACGCUUCACACAUUGUGGUGUUGAGAGACAUCAUCACGCUAUCACCAUCGAUCGCGUUGACGUGUCAAGAAUGAUCUGUCAUUACUAUGAUAUGUUCUAAAUUACUGUUUACAAGUAAAAGGGUAGCGCUUGCGUCGUCCGCCCACAAAUUGUGAAGCCAACACUACACUUGUUUCUCCUUUCUUGUUGGUAUGGAGACACAAGUAACAUUAUAUUUAUCCAAAUUAUAUCACACACGCCAGUGAAGUGUACCUAUCUAAUAAUAUUUACUCAUAAAAUCUAUCUGUGCGAACAUGUCUGUUAUAGUAUAUUAUUCUUGUUCAUGUUACUGUAAUCUUAAAUACUGUAAUUUAAUAGUUUAACUUGACAAUUUACGAGAUGUAAUACAAAUAUUAUUGAUUUGUAUUAAAAUUUAUCCCAAACUUAUUGCUCGUUUUCGCCUCCUAAUAAAAUGUUA